AUGUCUUCAGUCAUCAAAAAUGUGAGUUGGCAAAAAAUUGUUGUGUUAAUAGUUGCAGAUGGUCUUAAUAAAAUCAAUGAAUGUACUCUAAAUAUUCUGAGUCUUAUGGGUUGUUAUCAAGAUGGAAUUAUACAAAAAAGUGUCAGAGGUAAAUCUGUUACUGCAUAUCUUUUCAAAUAUACUACACAAUUAAUAGUUAAUGAUGAUUUUAAUGUCCAAGGAAAAUACUAUAAUAUCCCACCAGUGCAAGUUAUCUUUUGUUUGAAACAAAAAAAUGCAAAAAAAUUAAAUUCUCAUUCUUUUGAUCGUGAUCAACAUAUUGGUGGUGCUUGUGGAGAAAUUAAAGUAGAUCUUGGUUAUAAAUAUAGAAACCUUCUUAAUCCUUUAAUCACAUCUCAAAAUUUUGAAUAUAAAAUAUCUAAUAUCUUAGACAAGCCGUCAGAAUCUGUUUUUGGUUAUAUCUCAGUAUUACCAGGUGCUUUCUCCGCAUACCGAUAUGAAGCAUUAUUGAAUGGGCCUUUGGAAAAAUACCUUAAAGGUGAGUAUGAUGAUUCAGGUGCUACUAAGACUAGUAUAUUCGAAGCAAACAUGUACCUGGCAGAAGAUCAUAUUUUAAGUUUUGAGCUUGUCAUUAAGAAAGAUGAAUCUUGGAAAUUAAAAUACAUAAAGGCAAAUUUUUAUUUAGCUUUUGUUUUCUUAAUUCAAUCCACCACUUCAAAUCCUAUAACUGAUCCUUUCAAAAGUUAUAGAGAUAAUUUAUUUGAAGCUGCUCACUCGUUGUAUUUAAUAAUUAUUGUUAUAAUUUUUAUUUGUUCAAUAGGUAAUCGCCUUCAAGGAACAAAAUUGAUAUACACACUCUCAGUACCACCAAUAGAUUUUAAGAACCUUUCGAAUAUUCAAGAAACUUUAAAGAAUGCAGCAUUCCAUGACAUCAUUAUUUCUGUUGCUUUAACAUUUUUGCUAUAUCUUUUUUUAUCCUUUAUUUAUUUUGAACCAUGGCACAUGUUCAGCUGUUUAGUUCAAUACCUUUUACUUGUUCCUUCCUACGUCAAUAUUCUUAUAAUUUAUGCUUUUUGUAAUACUCAUGAUGUUUCAUGGGGUACAAAAGAAGAUAAUAUUAAUACUGGAGUACUGCCAACUGAAGUUGAUCAAGAAACUAUUACAAUUGAAAUUUAUGAAGAUGAAGAUGCCGCAUACGACAAUAUUAUUACUCAACUAAAAAAUAAAGAGCAUGAUGAUAAACAACACCAAAAUGCCGUUAUUAAGAAAGAUGAUUAUUAUAAAUUGUUUAGAAAAAUUUUGUUCUUUUAUAGAUAUUUACAAAUGGUUUAA